UUUUUUCCCUCCCUCACGCUCCGCUCCUUCACUGUGAAGAUGGCGCUGUCCAGGGUGUGCUGGGCUCGGGCUGCGUUGUGGGGUUCGGCUGUGGUCACCCCUGGACCUUUUGUCACCCGGAGGCUGCAACUUGUUCGCUCUGGCCUUGCUUGGGGAGCCCCUCGGUCUUCAAAGCUUCACCUUUCUCCAAAGGCCAAUACGAAGAACUUGGUUUCUUACGUGGUGACCAAGACAAAAGUGAUUAAUGAGAAAUACCAUCGUUUCUUGAGUCGUCAUUUUCCUAACUUCUAUGCACUGUAUACAAUCUUCAUGAAAGGAUUAAAGAUGUUAUGGGCCGAUGCCAAAAAGGCUAAAAGAAUAAAGUUAAAUAUGAAGGAGCACAAUAUAAAAUUUCAUCAACUUUCAUACCGGGAGAUGGAGCAUUUGAGACAGUUUCGUCGGGACGUCACCAAGUUUCUUUUCCUAGGUAUUAUUUCCAUUCCACCCUUUACCAACUACCUGGUCUUCUUGCUAAUGUAUCUGUUUCCAAGGCAGCUACUAGUCAAGCAUUUCUGGACCCCCAAACAACAAGUUGAUUUCUUAGAUGCCUAUGAUGCUCUCCGGAAGCGGUCCCACUCAGAAAUCAUUAGUUAUUUAGAAAGAGCCAUCCCUCUUCUUUCUGACACAGGGCUUCGGUGGCAUCUGAAAGAUCUAUGUGCCAAGAUACAGAAUGGUACCCACCCAGCAGUCCAUGAUAUUCUGGCUCUCAAAGAGUGUUUCUGCAGUCAUCCUUUGGGCAUGAACCAACUGCAGGCUAUACAAAUCAAAGCCUUGAGCCAAGCCAUGCUUCUCACACCUUACCUGCCUCCUCCUUUGUUGAAAUACCGCUUGAAGACGCAUACCACGGUGAUUCAUCAGCUGGACAGAGCUCUGGCAAAGCUGGGGAUUGGCCAGCUGACUGCUCAAGAAGUAAAAUCGGCUUGUUUUCUUCGUGGACUGAAUUCUACACAUAUUGCUGAAGACAGGUGUCGAACUUGGCUAGGAGAUUGGCUACAGAUUUCCUGCAGCUUGAAAGAGGCGGAGCUGUCCCUAUUGCUGCACAACGUGGUCCUACUCUCCACCAACUACCUUAGGACAAGGCGCUGAGUGAACCCUGGAGUGGAUGGCAUUGUCCUACAGUCGCAUAGUACAGCAGUGUGGGACCAAAGAGCUUGUCAGAAUAUGUGUGCACUGUUAGGUGUGUGGGGUCAAAGGAGCAGGUGCCAUGGGCUUCACAGAAGCAUGCUUUCCACGCGGGAGCUACAUUCCUCUCACGGCUCAAGCUAAAACCCUCUUCACAAGAGUGGCCCACGUGAGGCAUCAUCCCUUCUUCCUUGUACUAAACUGGAGCUGGCAGAACCUCUGCACCAGUCUUGGCUUGUGAUGUGUUGUGUUUCAGUCCUCUAAAGUCAGGUUUUGCCUGAGGUGGGAAUCAUUUGUCCUGACUUGACUGUUUUU